CAUCUUUGGUGAUCCGUGCUUUGGGACGACCAAGGAGCUCGCUGUCGCUGUCCAGUGCGUCAACGAGAACGUCAUUGGCGGCAGUGUCUCGGAAGGCUCGAUGCUCCGGCUCACGUGCCCCACCGAUCGCAUCAUCGGCGACAUUGUGUUUGCUUCGUUUGGUACGCCGACGGGCGAGUUCCUUGACUUUUCCCCCGGCGCCUGCAACGAACCCACGUCGGCGGCCACGGUCGCCACUCUUUGUACGGGCCAGAACUCGUGCGACCUCGAUGCGUACACGGGUGUAUUCGGCGACCCGUGCCCGGCCGAAGAGAAGUAUCUGAGCGUCCAGGUCAACUGCGUCGGCGCCAACACGGUCCAUGACACAGUGCAAGAAGGGUCGGAGCUCGAACUGGCGUGUCCCGCCGGCUCGAGCAUCACGUCUAUCAUCUUUGCCUCGUACGGCACGCCCAACAACUACGUCCAAGGCGCGUGCGAGGCGGUGACGUCUCUCGAAGUCGUCACCGAGUCGUGCGUCGGCCAGCCGUCGUGCCACGUGACCGCUUCGGACGAUGUGUUUGGCGACCCGUGCCCGGGAACGUUCAAGUCGCUCAGCGUCCAAGCCGAGUGCUCGGCCGGCCUCGCCCCCGGCAUCAUCCAAGCCACGGCCACCGACGGCAACGCUGUCGUGCUCUCGUGUCCGCAAGGCGAGACCAUCAGCAACAUCGGCUUUGCCUCGUACGGCACGCCGACCAACUACGAGUCGUCGAGCUGGUGUGAUGCGCCGUCGUCCGAGACCGUUGUCGCGGCGGCGUGCAUCGGGAAGAGCUACUGCAGCGUCGAGGCCAGCACCAGCGUGUUUGGCGACCCGUGCCCCGACACGGCCAAGAACCUCAACGUCCAGGCGCAGUGCUCGGACGCCAAUUGGAUCGGCGGCUCGGUGGCCGAAGGCGCUUCGCUCGCGCUGGCGUGUCCGGCCAACCAAAACAUCGUGUCGAUCGAGUACGCUUCGUACGGCACGCCGGCCGGAACGUACCCCAACUUUGUCUCGACGUGGUGCGACGCGCCGGACAGCGCCACGCAAGCUGCCGCCAUCUGCAUCGGUCACAACGCGUGCACGCUCGACGCCAACAGCGGCGUCUUUACCGACGCGUGCCCAGGUGUCGCCAAGCGGCUCUCUGUGAUUGCCGAGUGCGUGGACGCCGACCUCGUCGGCAGCUCGGCGCUGGAUGGGGCGUCGGCGACGAUCCAGUGUCCGCAAGGCGAGUACAUUGGUUCGAUUCCGUUUGCGAGUUACGGCACGCCGACGGGCGAGUUUCCCGACUACGCCGCCGACCCGACGUGCGAUGCGGCCGGUGCCGUGGCGACCAUCGGUGACCGGUGCAUCGGCGAGAAUGCGUGCUCGGUCGACGUCCACAGCGGGACGUUUGGCGACGACCCGUGUCCGGGCGCCACCAAGAAGCUCGACGUGACGGCCAAGUGUGUGCCCAACAACAUCAUCGGCACGAGUGUCGCCCAAGACAGCAGCGCGUCGUUGCAGUGCCCGGCUGGCACGUACAUCUCGGCCAUCGACUUUGCUUCGUUCGGCACGGCGACCGGCAUCUUCCCCGACUUUAGCGUCGACCCAACGUGCCACGCCGCCGACAGCAACUUUGUCGUCGGCUCGAGCUGCCUCGGCAAGAACUCGUGCACCGUGGCCGCGACCGCCGACACGUUUACUGCGGGUCCUUGCGCGGGCUCGACCAAGAGUCUGUCAAUCGUCGCCGAGUGCAUCUCGAACGACAUCAUCGGCACGUCGGUGCCGCAAGGUGCAGUGCUGCACUUGAGCUGUCCGGCCGGCAAGACGGUGCAGUCGAUCGACUUUGCGUCGUUUGGUAAUCCCACCGGCCACGUCGGCUCGUUCGCCACCGGCUCGUGCGACGACCCGAGCUCGGUGGCCAUCGUGCAGCAGGCGUGCCUCGGACAAGACUCGUGCUCCGUGCCGGCCAACAACGUGUUUACGGACAACUGCUACGGCGUGCAAAAGCACCUCACGGUGCAGGCCACGUGCGCGACGCCGCCGCCGGACCCGCAGAUCAUUGGCGGGUCGGUGCCCGAGCAUGGUACGCUGGAGCUCUCGUGUCCGGCGGGUCAGGCCAUCGACGCCGUCUUGUACGCGUCGUACGGUCUCUCGGGCGGCGCGUUCCCCCGCUUUGUCAACGACUGGUGCACGUCGCCGUACUCGGAGCCCGUCGUCGAGUUUCUCUGCCUUGGUCAGACGUCGUGCUCCGUGCCGGCCGAGAGCGCUGCCUUCAGUAACCCGUGCGUCGACACGGACAAGACGCUGAGUGUCACUGCCCACUGCAAGGACGCGGCGCCGGUGAUCGUGACGCCGCCCAACCCGGACCCGACCAUCAUCAGCGCGACUGCCACGGACGGCAACACGCUCUCUCUGCAGUGUCCCAACAACUUUGUCGUCGGACCGGUGCUCUUUGCCUCGUACGGCACGUCGGCGGUGCAGUCGGGUGUCAACACGGUCAGCUGGUGCCACGCGCCGUUGUCGGGUCCUGCCGUUCAGGACGCGUGCACCGGCCAGAACGCGUGCUCGAUCGACGUCUCUCCCCAGUAC